AUGGAUUCGAUAUACGAGCACGGGGAUCCAGCACUUGAGCCCGAGGACCCAGCGGAGGAUCCCGUCCAUUCUGGAUGCACAUGUCCUCCGUCCCCGGCAUCACAGCCUACAACAGACUACUCCGUCUUUGACAUUUCCUUGGUUGAAUCGUUCGAUACUGGCACACCACCCCUUACAAGAUCCUCAGGAAGCCAUGAAUCUGUGAAGAGGAGCCUUGACGCCCUGGAGGAUAGCACCUCAAUUUCCCGCUCAGAUUCGUUUAAUCUUCCCAGCGCGAAGCGGCCGCGAAUAAUUUCAAGCUCUGAGGUGCUUCGUGGACUGGAGGGUGAUUCUAGCUCAGCGUCGAGAGGCAGAAUUGUGGACGAGGACCCGUAUAUUAUUGCAUAUGACAAAAAUAUAUCGAAAUGCAUGAAAAGUCGUGACUUGGCCAUCGGCACCCAAUGGGAGAUCGCGCGACUUGUCUCUCAAGGUACAAUCAACUGGAAUAUCGACCUCGAGAAGCUGGACAAGUUGCGAGGGUCAAACUCGGAGGCUGCACCAAAGGUGAACGGCAUUCUGAGGUCUUGUAGCUCGAUCCGAUCGACCACAUAUAAUGACGCCUAUGCAAAAGAAGCGGCGGCAAAGUCCCCUUGGGAAGAGCUGGAUCGAGAGGACGAAGCUUUUCGAAAAAAUGCUUUAUCAUGUCUUGGUAUCACCGCAGGCGAUUGGUAUGGAGGGCAGGUGCAAUUUCCGGCAAAGCUAAUUUGGACUGAGUCAAGAUUCAAGAUUGUCCUCGAACAGCCUGCGCUUGGUUCCUCUUCACGGUUCACCCGUCGUUUCGGGUCUGACUGGCUGAUCCGCGUCCGGAUACACAAGGACCUCAACCUGGCUAGCAAGAUCGAACGGCUACAGAUGUUUCUGGUCCGGCCUUUCAUAGUCAACGGGCAAGUGUACCGAUUUUUCUAUGCCAACAAGGAGCGCAACUUGUUUCUCAUGGCCACAAACGAGGGAUGCACCGAUGGGGUCAUUAGGGCCUACCCUAAAACAAGCCGCCGCAUGAGCCUACUGGAUUUCUUUGAAUGGCACAACUCAAUGCAUACGAACUUCACACAGACUGUGGCAAAAUGGGCAGCACGCAUGGCAUUGGGGUUGUCCAACUCGGUCCCGGGUGUCCUCCUGAACGAAAAUGAGAUACUAGAUGAACCUGAAAUCAUCUCGCCUGAGUUCAAGGGGAGCGGAAAGGUACCUAGCGAAAUGGAGAUGACCGACGGCUGCGGGUUCAUCAACACUAGUGGAUUGAUGGCACUGUACAAAAGGGGAUUUUGGGCAGGAAUGCCUACUGCUGUCCAAUGCCGCAUUGCGGGGGCAAAGGGCCUUCUGCUAAGACAUCCUAGUGAUGUGGAGAACGGUCGAGAGCAUCCCACUGUCUGGGUUAGGCCCUCUCAAACUAAAAUCAAAUAUACUCCACAAUCCCUUGUCGAUCCCGCGAAGCGCAUCGUCGAUGUCUUGCGAGCGUCACACAUGACUACUCAUGUACGUCUAGCCAACGAGACAAUAAUCAACCUUGCAGAAAACGGAGUACAAUCUGCUCACUUCAAAGUUCUUUUACGUGCGUCACUCACCGACGUCGUUGACAAGUUGUUGGACUGGGAUGGUGAGAACGGCAUGGCUGAGCUAUGGAAUACCGUUGCAAAGGCAGGCGGUGUCAUUCCUGCACGAGCAGCACGGCAGAUGUCAGGUACGGCGCGAGUCCGUGGUCUGCGUAGCCAUGACGUGGAGUCAGACGAUAGUGAUGAUGAUGAGGCAGUUGUGUCCUCUCAGCCACAGUCGGCUGCGUGGUGGGCAGAUACUGUUAGCGGCUGUCCUUCAUCUCUCGAAGAGACAGUUCUGGUUUUCCUCGAUUCAGGUUUCUUGCCGAGUGAGAAUCCCAUCCUGGCGAAGAAACUUCACGAGGUUAUCAAGAAGUCAAUUAACUCGUACUGCUCUAAAUGCAGGAUAAUAAUACCUAUGGCCUGCUCUGCGUUCAUUGUCCCAGAUCCGUGUGGCAUUCUAGAGGAGGGCGAGAUUCAUGUUAAGAGUUCGUCUCGGGACCUGAUCAGACCAGAUGGUACGACGAGUGACAGAGUGCUUGGAGAUGUUCUAGUGACAAGAAACCCGUGCAAACUUCCUACUGAUGUUCAGAAGGUCAAAGCCGUCUUCAAAGCCGAACUCGAUCAUUACGUCGAUGUCAUCAUCUUCUCGACCAAGGGUGCUCGACAUCUGGCAAGUAUGCUUGGGACCGGCGACUAUGAUGGCGACAAAGUGCAAUGUAUCUGGCAGCCGGAGAUCGUUGAUAACUUUCAAAAUGCCCUUGCCGACUUCGCUAACCCUCCUACGGAUCUCGAAAAUUCCUUCCUGAAGGAGAAUGAGAGCGUCGCAGCCUUUUUGGAACGCGUGCCAGAAUCAGAACCGGUGUCCAAACGCACGCAUGAACGCCAACGGGUCCUGAUGGGGCCAUUGCGUGACCUCUCUGUUGUGGGGAUCUACUCCUCUCUUCACGACAACUCCAUUUAUCAGUUUGGUUAUGGACACCCAGACACUGUUCGUCUGGCCUGGAUGUUCUGCACCGUAUUAGAUGGUUCCAAAACGGGAAUGACCGUCAGCGCCGAAGUCCUCAAGAACGACAAGAAAAAGUUCGGCUCCAACCGAGAACCCGCCUGGAAGCGCCACCGACUAUUGGAAAAAAAGAACAAAAACAAAAAGGGCAAAGGGAAGGACCGCUUUUCGGAAGAGCGAGACUUGGUCCAUCGCUGCGAAGUACUGAAGUCCACGAAGUUCAUUAUGGAUGAGCUUACGAGCGAUGCAAACAAAGUCCGUGAUGAAAAGCUUGCCUUUGUGGAACAUUACUUCGACGACCUAUCGGCCCACAUGCCAUCAAAGGACGAUGAUCUUGAGAGACCGUGGCAGAUGGCUCAAAAACGCUUGGAGGGGGUGCGCAGGACGAUGGAAGAAAACCUUGGCCAUAGACUGCUGCAGGUGGUCAAGCAUGUUUGUGCGGGCCUUGAUUUCGAGGCAGAACGGGCGGCGACGCUAGGCAAUCUCAUUCAUGAAGAUGUAAAGCGAGCACGGACGACCUUGACCGACCUUGACCGAGACAUCCGCGAGAGCGUGCGACUUGCGGGGAUAGAGAUGGAAGCUGUGAUGCUGGAAAACCUCGUGGUCCGGAUCCUGGAACAGCCGAUGGAGGUGCCAGGUGCAGCGAUGGAGGCGGAACUUGUGGAGAGGAUCCAACGACCUGUUGAAAAGUUGUUUGAGGAGUUUAGAAAAGAGCAAAAGGACGAGAAAGGGGGCUUUACAGGACUCGCGAUCACAACACGCCAAGACUUUCUCCGCAAAUACUCGCUCAAAUUCGUAGGCAUCGCAAACAAGUUCACAUCUCAGCUACUGUUCUUCAGCGAGGAUGAUGUGAGGCUCGUGCGUGCGUCGUACGCAUACGUGCAUUGCCCGAAGUCUAGCCGCUUCCCUUGGAAUGUCGCAAUGCGGGACUUGGGUGAGAUUAAGGCGAAGGCGAAAAAAGAUUACAAGGUCUGUACAGGCCCAUUCUACGAUCGAUUCAGCAUCCGUUCCAGCCGGCAUUGAGUGGGACGUUGGAGUAGUCCGCAGCUUGCGCGGGAUCUUUGGUUCACUGUCGUGUAUUGUUUUGAUAUCUGCUGCUCUUGUGUUGGAUUUGAUGAGAUUCUUGAUUGGAAUUGCAUCGUGUCGUGUAGCUGAG